UAGGGGCAGCGGGUGUACGUACAGAGGAGGUGAUUUUAUUAAAGUGGUUUGAAAUGGGACUAAAGCAUCUCGGUGUGUUUUACCUUUAAUUUUUUAAGUAAUGCUUCUAAGAAAACCGAGUUGGGAUUACAUAGGCGACUCUUACACUGUUAAGAGAUCCAGAGGAAAAGUUCAUGGUAGUUUGCCAUUGUGAUUAAGUGUUGUGUCUGAUUUUGAACAAUAACAAAAAUGUGGCCAUUUAAAAAAUCCUGAAUGUGGUAUAAAUGGCAUUUGGAUUGGAGAAAAAAUUUUGUCUACUGUUUUUCACCCUGUGAAGCUGUUUCAGGUACCCAUGUCCGCAGUAAGGUUUUCUAGACCCACUUGGUUAGAAUACUGAUAGACUCUCAGACAUGUGUCACAUGUAACUUAAGGAGUGCAAAUCUGCUUUUCUAUGGAUUUGUGUACAUAUUUGAUAAUGUGCGCUACAGAGGUGGGGGUGGAAUCCAAACAAAACUUGUAUUGAGCUACCUUUUUUGUGUCAUGGAAACUUCUUUUAACUGUCAUGCAUUUCUCUAGUAAUAGCUCUUCAAGUCUGCAAUAAAAAAUGGCCUCCAAUAAAACUACAUUGCAAAAAAUGGGGAAAAAACAGAAUGGGAAGAGUAAAAAAGUUGAAGAGGCAGAGCCUGAAGAAUUUGUGGUGGAAAAAGUACUAGACCGACGUGUAGUGAAUGGGAAGGUGGAGUAUUUCCUGAAGUGGAAGGGAUUUACAGAUGCUGACAAUACUUGGGAACCUGAAGAAAAUUUAGAUUGUCCAGAGUUAAUUGAAGCAUUUCUUAAUUCUCAAAAAGCUGGUAAAGAAAAAGAUGGUACAAAAAGAAAAUCUUUAUCUGACAGUGAAUCUGAUGAUAGCAAAUCAAAGAAGAAAAGAGAUGCUGCUGAUAAACCAAGAGGCUUUGCCAGAGGUCUUGAUCCUGAACGAAUAAUUGGUGCCACAGACAGCAGUGGAGAAUUAAUGUUUCUUAUGAAAUGGAAAGAUUCAGAUGAGGCAGACUUGGUGCUCGCAAAGGAGGCAAAUAUAAAGUGUCCUCAAAUUGUAAUUGCUUUUUAUGAAGAGAGACUAACUUGGCAUUCAUGUCCAGAAGAUGAAGCUCAGUAAUUGUGUUUGCAUUGCUUUUUAUAUAUAUUUAUACAUAUAUAUAAAACCCAGGUCUUGUUUUUUUGACUUACUAGUGUGGAGAAAUAACUACAUUCUCUUGAAAAUCAAGUUUGAUAUGUUCGUUUUAAAGUGGUAUUGGGGGAGUUGUUGAGUUUUGUGGGGCAGGUGAGAUAUGUUGGGGUUUUUUUGUAUAGCACUGCUUACUUUGAACAAAUAAAAGAUUUCUGUAGUGGCUUCCUUUAUCAGAAAAGAACAUUUUGAUAUCAUGGUAUAUUAUUUUGUCUGCAUUAGGUAACAGUUUUUCUAAAUGCUGUAGGUAAUGAGAACUUGUGUUUCAUUCAUGCCUAAGGACCUUUUUGAGUUUUUUUUUAUUGGUUUUUUUUUUGUGUGUGUACACAAAAUACAUGUGUAAAUGGUUUUAAUUUUCUUUUUAAAAAACAUUCACCAAAACAAAAAACAUUUCACAACCAUGGAUAAGCCCUUGUUUAUGGGAUGCUAUGAUUUUGAGUAACCUAAAAAUAAAUCACUUCAGGUUAAGUUGAAAGAUUUCCUGAAGCCAUAGCCUUUCAGAUUAAAUAAUGUUAUAAUUAAGUGGACAAUUUACAAGCAACCAUGUGAGAAUCCAUAUUUACAGACAUGCAAAUCCCAAAUUUAUUUAGAGUCCUACAUAGGAAAAUGUUCAUCGCUACCAACAACCUCCCCAUCCAAAUGAAAAAAACUAGACAAGUCCUCAUGUGUUUUAAUUAGACAAGCAAGACAGUUAAGUGGACAUUUAAAGGUUCUUUAUAGUGAACCAUUCCCGUACAAGAAGUUGAAAUCCCUAGGCCAUAUCGAUCAUGACUCAUGGAAUGUCUGAGACUCCAUUCGUGGAAAUCUAAUCAGUUAAGAGAUGUUGGCAAUUUAGGACCUGCCAGAAUAAAUGAGUAAACAAGCUUUUGUAAUCUAAACUCUUGACCUGCAUGUUUUUCUUUACCCCAAUUCAUUCCUUAUAUGUAGGUCAGUCUCAGUAUUCGGGUUACUGGUUCAGCAGAAGCCAGGAAAAACAGUAACUUUGUCGUGAUCAGAAUGUUACCCAACUGUAUAUUGUUUACUUUAUUGUAAAUAACUGGUAAACAGUGGUCAAUAAAUAAUUUUAUAUUCCUUUA